ACGUGACUUAUGUCAGCAUGCCUCUGAUCUUUCCGAAACCUGCAUAUCAAAAUUAAUCGCAUCCUUUCGCAUGAUAUCCAUAUAUUUUCCUGCCGAAAUACUCUCGUCGUGAGUAACUUAAAAAACAACCCAGCGAUAAUUUUUGGCCGUCUACCGCAAGCGAACCGCGCACAGGCGCCAGAAAACCGGCGGGAUGGCAGACCAGCCUUCUAAAUGGCGGCAGGAGAUUCUCGGCGCCAUUGAGCAUCUCCGUCAGCGUAAAACGCGACCGGAUGGACCGCGAAUUGCUCAACUAGUUGCUAAAAGCCUUCGUGUCAACCAGGCGGAUGUGAUGCAGGAUCUGGAGCGUUUAGUCGACGAAGACGCAGUGGUUAAGGUGGACUUUAAGGGAUCCAUCUCCUACCGGGACAUGGCGAAGUGGGCGCAUGCACCUUCUUCUGCGGACACAUCGCCGUUGGCCGUCCAGUACGGUAUUCUGCACAAUUCCGUAAGCACCAGCGAUCGUAUUAUGGAAGCUGUGCAGACAUUAUCGGGAGCAACCAGCGAUUCAUCAUCCCCUAAUAAAUCUCCACCCAGCACCAGCGCCAAUUCCGUUUACUUAGAGCAGCUGGAGGCACACAUCACUUCCCUGUAUCCAGAGACCAAAUUACGCGGUGAACAACUGGAGAAGUGUACGCUGCGUGAGGUGGACUGUGGGCGCCUAGUUCAGCUGGCGAAUAAUUCCUUCGUAUUGUCCGAUCGGGUCGACAACAGCAUGAAAAUCAAGCGACAAGGCUGCAUGCCGUUGCUGAAGAAUAAGGAAGAAGGCAUCUCCAUGAAGGCCAACGCAGAAGAUGCACCUUGCGAAGUGCCAGCAAAAAGGAAGAUGAACGGGACACGGUCGGGCCUUUUAGAUAUGGCGCUGCGAAAGAAACAGCGGACAAGGUUCUGUGGAGAAUGUUAUGAGGAUGCUGGCAUGGACGCUGCACAGUCCGGAGUACUACUCGAAUGCACAGCAGCAGGCUGCAACUAUGCUACACAUCCAAAAUGUGGAGCAUACUCGCAGGAGGUUGUGGAUCUUCAGAAAGGUCGAUUCACCUGUUUAAAGUGCAAAACAUGCAAGGCAUGUGGCACGGGAAAGCUGGGGCAAAAUGGGCUGUGUAUGCUGUGUGUGGGCUGCGAUAACGCGUAUCACAUGAACUGCCAUAAUCCACCCGUUGAUCCGGCCUCGGCGUUCGAGGUGAUGGAUGCGUGGACAUGCGGGGAAUGCCUUUUACGGCGUGCAGCGGAAGCUGCCAGCACGGAUGCUAUGAAAAACGACCUGUUGACUAUGACAGCUGAAGUGAAAUCAGAAUCCCCCGUCCCAAACGGACUCACACGGACAGAACUUGAUUUUCCGUUUAAAUCAGAUGCCAAAAUUUUCGGCGAGAAGAUGGAGAGCGAGAACGUUAUUCGUCGUGCCGUCGAAGCCUUCCAGCGCAGUUUACCCCCCAAAAAGACACCGCAACUGAUAAAAGAGAUCGAAUCAUGGACGGUGGAGGAUGUGGCAAAGAAAUUUGCCGAUCAGGGAUCGCAUAUUUACGCGGAUGUUAUCCGAAAACAGUGCAUCGAUGGUGCAGCAUUAAUUCUCCUGACCCGCGAUGACGUCGUCCUGCGAUUCGGCCUGCCAUUUGUCCAGGCGUUGAAGAUGUACCGGGAUAUUUGCGUGAUGUGCCCGUUUGGUCCUUUUUCCGACUGAUUGCAGCGGACGACAUGUCUCUCCAUGUCACUCUUCCUCUGGGUGUUGGACUUUUCUCAAGUUUCUUUGUGAUCGGCCGGUGCGCGGCGGGAACCACCGACCGUUCGAUGAUUCCUUAAAAGGCUAUGUUGUUAACUUGUUACUUCAGGGUUAUUCUCGCAUGUUGGCGCACUGUAACACGAACAGUGAAUUGAUUGAUAUUUUACGGAUUUUUCUUGUAUCACGGUGUUUGCGGCCGGACGUUGGAAUGGAUGUUGUUACUUGCCGUAUUUUGGCUUGCAAUAUUUGCCUGUUUUUCAUGAGUUUAUUUUUUUAUCGCUAAAACUGAGGGAAUUUUCACGGCGGACGGAAAAUAGUAAACUGUAUAAAAUAAUUAGAACAUGGAAAAAUUGCAAUAAAAGAAACGUGUGGA